AUGGAUGCUCAUGGGGGACACUAUCUCAACAAAGAUGCAGUGCUUUCACCUUUGGGCGCAGCGCGAAUGGGCCAGCUACUACUUGGCUGCACCAUAAUGGCCCUGGUGUCCCACAGUGCCGGCUACAGUGCCAGUUAUGGAACCUUCUGCAUGUUUGUGUGGUGCUUCUGCUUCGCCGUGACACUGGUCGUCUUCACCCUGGACAUCACGCGGCUGCACUCCUGCAUGCCGAUAUCCUGGGAUAACUUCACCGUAGCGUUUGCCAUGCUGGCGACACUGAUGUAUAUCACUGCCUCUGUGGUCUACCCUGUUUACUUCCUCAAAACAGAGUGGACCGAUGAGGACUAUGAAGUCCAAAUCUACCGCAUUGUUGUCACCAUCUGCUCCAGCAUCUGCUGUUUUCCAUAUGGAACUGAGGUCUUCUUAACAAGAGCCAAACCAGGUGCAGUUGUGGGCUACAUGGCGACCGUGUCUGGUCUGCUCAAAGUGGUCCAGGCCUUUGUGGCCUGCAUUAUUUUCGGGGCUCUAGCUAAUGACAGUGAGUACACCCAGCACAUUGCAACGCAGUACUGUGUGGUGGUGUACAGCCUGUGUUUCUCUGUCACCGUGAUAGUGGUUAUUCUGACGGUGUCCGGUAGAACGUCCGCCUUAAGGUUUCCGUUUGACCGGUUUGUGGUCGUCUACACCUUCUUUGCCGUGAUCCUCUACCUCAGUUCCACACUGAUCUGGCCCAUCUUCAGCUUUGAUAAGAAGUAUGGCAACACCACUCGUCCUGAAGACUGUCCACGUGGAGAAUGUCCCUGGGAUAGUAAGCUGGUGGUGGCUGUCUUCACCAGUGUCAAUCUUAUAUUGUAUUUUAUAGAUCUUGUUUACUCUCAGAAGAUUCGCUUUGUCUCCCGCUCUGCUGUGUAA